AUGUGUUGCCAAUCCGAAGAAGGACUUUGCGUGCACAAAAGCGAGGACUGUUUGAUGGUGAAAUUCGGGCCAAUCUCAUACAAUGUAGCGUAUCGCCUUGCAAUCAACUAUGUUUUACCACAUGAAGGAAAGGAAGGAAAGGAGCAAAAAUCGGGAGUCUUCAAACUAUUUCCCAGACCGAAUCCUCCAUCUGAUUUGACCUUACACUUGGACAAGGAAAAGGCUAUCGGUGUUUCGUGGGUCAACCGCUAUCCCUAUGCUGCGGCUUUCCUUGUGUCAUUCGAUGGUGGACCUGAGGAAGAACUGAGUGCUACAACAAAUUCCUUUUUCCGUCACAAUCUACUUUCCACAAAGUACUACACUGUAGAAAUUGAAAACAAAAAAUCCAAACGGCCAUUUGAGCGCGCCGGUACAAAUCAGAGUGCGACCACGGCGCUUCUUUCCUUCAAUUUCCUCAGCCCAGCAAACUGA